AUGGAGAAGGAACUCGGCAGAGCGAAUGAAAAGCUGGUGGUAUCACCCAGUGGAGGAGGGGGCGAGGCAGAGGGAAGGCGAGGCGAACAACUCGGCGAUUUCCUUGUCCACGGUCCAAGGUACGCUACACCGGAUAAUCGUUUGGCAGGAUUAGAUACAUUCGAUCGCACGGCAACAAAAGUCGACCCUCGGAACCUUAAACAGGGUCAGGUGUUAUGUGAUG